GGCGUCCCGCACAUGGCAUCAUCACUUGAUGCGUGGCAUGAAGAGUCUUGGUUUCGAGCCUUGUGCCGCCGAUGCGUGUGUGAUGCGUCUGAUCGAGAGCGGUGUAGUCACCAUGGUGGUUGUGAUCCACGUAGACGACAUCUUCUCUAUCGGGCUCAAGAGCAGGUGCGAUCAGUUUGGUGUUGACCUCAACCGGUAUGUGCCCAUUUCCAACCUUGGGGAACUGCGCUGGUAUGCGGGUUGCCGGUUUUCUCGUGACACGGUGUUGGGGACGGUGACUAUUUCGCAACAGGCUGUAGCGGAGAAGAUCGUUGCCAAGUUCGGUGUGACGACGGACAAAGAGACACCUAUGGUCGUUGGGUUGAAGCUUGAGCAGUACGACGCCGACGAGCCCGAUGUCGACGAGCCUUUCCGGUCGCUAGUGGGACACUUGAUGUGGCUGGCGAAUCAGACUCGCCCGGAUAUUCUCAACGCGGUACGUGCCGUUGCGAGGUAUUCGCACGCGCCGAAGCGACUGCACUGGGAGGCGGCUUUGCAUGGUUUGAUGUAUGUUAGAUUCACGAGCGGGUUCGGGACUACGUUUCAGAGGGGCACGGUGGGAGGAGACCACAUGGAACUUUUUGUAGAUUCGGACUUCGCCAACCACCGGCGGUCUGUUUCUGGGGCACUAGUGAUGUUCGCUGGUGCGUGUGUGAUGUAUCUGUGUAGGACGCAGAAGAGCGUCACCCUGUCUUCGACGGAAGCGGAGUACGUGGCGAUGUCUGAUGGGAUAAAGGAGGCUAUUUUUCUGCCUUUAUCUGUGGAAAUUUAUCUUUCCGGGCCGUGAUGUGGGGUGCACGCCGGUGUGGGAGGACAACGUAGGCGCUAUUCACUUGGCAAGUAACCCGGCUACUACUCCCAACUCGAAGCACAUCGACAUCCGCCACCAUUUCAUCCGUGAGCGUGUAGCACGGGGGGAGUUCAAGGUAGUCCACGUACGGUCGGACCUGCAACGCGCGGAUUUCUUGACCAAACCGCUCCCCAAGGAGACUUUUUGCGCGCAUCGUGACUUCGUGAUGAAUAUUCGUUGAUUUUGUUCUUGGUGUUGCACUAUUUCAGCGAUGGGGCCUUUCUUGCACCAUGUGUUUUAUUUGUGACCUGGUACUGGCCUUUGAUCUGCUGCUCGAUGUUGAUUUCUGCUUUCGCGAUGGAUGGGAUAGUUCUGCGUGAGAAUCAUGGGGGGGGAAGUAUUGUUCCAUGAUCCUAGUCGCAGGUGGUUUGUCUUGGUUUUGAUUUUUUUCGGGAUGAAUGAUGCAGCAGGGGGGCUGUUGGAUUGAUUGAUUGAUUUGAUUUUGACUUCAUGUUCAGGAUGGAAUGGAUGUUACAGCAGGGGGGCUGGUGGAGUGGUUUCUUUGUCAAGGUAUUGGAUGUCGGAGAGAGGGUUUGGCAUGUUCUUGUAGUUUGAACUGGCCAUUGAAUUGAAACAUGAAUAUUUAUCUGAGGAAAAAAUUUGUUCUGAGUAGUCAGGACGUAAGACACGUUUUCCCGGAGUUACCCGUCCUCCCCGUUCUGACGUGAUUCUGAUGGAACGUUGAUCUUUUUGCCGGGUAUUUUCCAAGGGUGAUUGUUCGUGUUUUGACUGCUUGAGAAUUGGGUAGAGCACUUUUCUCGAGAGGGUGAUUUAUUUUUCUUGACAGACCUUUUAGGGGUAGAAGUUUGACAUCACAAGGCUUGAAAGCUUUGCAGGACGUGUUCUGUUGGAAGAUCCGGCGAUUUCGUGGGACAUGUUCUAUUGGCAGAGUCGUUUGGAUUGGAAUGGUGGAUGAUUUAUUGUUAGGGGUUUUGGUUUUUCUGUCUGCCGUUUUGUCUGGCAAUGAUAGUCGUGUCGGGGAUUUCGUAGAUAGUAUCUCGUACCGAGCAGGGGGGCUGUUUGGGGUGCUCGGCAGAGUAUACUGUCUACGGGGCCUCCGGGGGGUACGCGGAUGGAAUGUAUUGACAGACAUGCUGCAUGGCGAUGGUGUGGCCUACCGCAUGUCUCUUACUCUCUAAGCAACAAGGUCUUGAGUCAACCUUCUUUCUCUUUCGGCCUCUGACGAGCUA